CUGACACAGUAGCCGAGCAGAGAGACAUGGAGGCCCGCUCACCGAGAGAGGCCCGCGACUCCUCCGAGCCCAGCUAACCGACACGCUCUGUGGCUCUCUAAAGCGUCCCGGGGAGAUAUCACCAACACCAUUUUGCUCUGUUGGACGUUUUUAAAACAGAAAAACAAAACAAAAAACUAAAAAGAUGUGGCCACCACGUUGAUACACACGAGGGCAGGACACCGAGCCAAAUAAUGUGAUCGCCACCGUUUCUGCACAAUUUCAGAGUUGAAGGACGGAGAAAGAGGGCUGGAGAGAGGUGUCACUUCAUAACGAGGAGAGCUUCACCCUCACCGUUAUCCUCCUUCCCCCUUUCCCUGCCCACCCCUAUCCCAACUCCACACACAAACUAUACCUGCUCCCACAAUUUCCACUCCCACAUAAACACCCAUACCCCCUGAAGCUCUGAUGGAUCAGAAGAUUCAGGGGAGAACUUCACCUUCACCUCCUCUUCUCUCUGGAGCUCCCACAGGGGAUCGGGAAAAGGAGGGAGUGGGUGGGAAGAAAGACGAAGAGGAUGAAAAGAAGCGGGAAAGAGAAAAAGAGCGAGCCGCUGCUGGCCCUGCCGGUGCUGGAGGUUCAGGUGGAGCGGGCGGUGCCAGCAGCGACCAAUCCCAUUUCUCAAUCAAAGAGAGCAGUCUGUCUGAGGGCAAUGUCAAGCUUAAGAUCGGCUUUCAGACAAAACGCAUGAAGAAGCCUCCGAAGAGCUUGGAGAAUUAUGUGUGCCGGCCAGCUUUCAGGGCCACCGUUAGGCACACGAGUCGAGGAGGAGGUGGCGGUCGUGGGAACCGUGCAGGAGCUACAGGUGAUGGGCUGCACAGUCACAGUCAGAGCCAGAGUCCUUCACAGGGCCGUGAAAAAGAAAAGGAAAAGAGUCCUUGUGCGAACAGACCACCAGCCUCCUCUUCCUCCUCAGCCCUCUCUGCUAAAGCUCCUCCAUCCCCUUCUCCCACCGCUACUCCCAGCAGCACCAACAUCCCGUCACCUUCUCAAGUCAAUGGGAGUGCCUCAGCAAAAAAAGGUCCAACAAAGAUGGAUUCCAAAUCAGAUUCAAAAUCAGAGACAAAAGCAGCCUCCGCUACGUCCGAGAGACCCCUUAACCUUCACCGCCCUCCGCCAGAGAACAAAACACAUUCUUCUGGGAAGAAAACACCAACUCCGCAAACCAACCCUCGUACAUCUUCACCUUCCUCUCCAUUGCCUGCAUCAAAAGAGCCUACAUUUGAAAGUGUUAAGCCUGCUCAAUACACCUAUUGCACAGAAGCUCAGAAAGACAAGGACAGAGGUGCCCAAAGUUGGGGAGCGCCCACGGUCACUGAGAAAUUGGCCCAACUUAUAGCAACCUGCCCACCAUCAAAAACCUUUAAGCCAACCAAACCCACAAAAACGGAUCCUCCUACUCCUCUCCCCAGCUCGGGCUUUAUGGCACCCACAGCCAAGCAACGGGACAGGGCCAUGGCAAAUAGAAACACGUAUUCAAGAAUGGUGCACCUUUCUCCUCCGCCUCCUGUGUCAAGACCGCCUGGUCGGCCGUACGGUUCUAGGAGCAAAGACGGUGGCCCAGACAAUUCACCCUGCCGGACACCACCGAGGAAGGAGGACUCUGAUGGGGCUGGAAAAACAAGUAGCAGCAGUGGCAACAGCAUUAAUGCCAACAACAGCAGUCUCAGCGUCAGCUCUGCAUUUACCUACGGCAAUAACCGCCUGUCAGCCAUGUCUAAGGAAAGCAACAACGACAACACCAACGGUAGUAUUUCUAAGCCACAGUCACGUCCUACUCACAGUUUACCACACGCAUCUUCUUCAUGUUGUCCGGUUUCAACUUCUCCCUGUAACUCCGCUGAACAGAGGACAUUGAGCGCAGUGAGUUACCUGAGCUCCCCUGUUCCCUCACAAGGGCAUCAUGCACGAGAGCCCCCUGCUCUCACGGAGGAAAAUAGUGCAGGGGAGAGGGAACAGGACAUGGACGGCCACAGAGACUUCCCUAAGUGCCCUCCUUCGACAGCAACAGGAAGGCAAGAGGGGAAAGAGAAGGGACCAAGUGCUCAGUCACUUCAUGUUGAGAAGGGGAAGAGCUGUAGCCCAAGUAAGCGCAGUCCCAACCGGGAUUUUAGUCAAUCUGGUCGGAUUAGUAGUCCUCCUGAGGCUGUUAGGCAAAGAGAACCUUCUACAUCGGAGAUUGAUGAUGACGAAGGCCCACAAACUCCUCUUAGAGAUAAUUCUCCUGAUUCAUCUAUAGAUUCACCCGCAGAGCAGGACAGCAAACCCCUUAAAAAACGCAGGGGAAGGAAACCCCGUUGGACUCGCAUAAUGAACAAAACACACAUUCAAAGAGCAGGCCAGGACAGCCCCUUCAGGGAGAACAAAAUCACUAUGCCUUUAUCAUCCAGUUUGGAUAUUCCAUCACCACCAGUCAAACGGCCUGUAGGCCGGCCCCCCAACCCAAACAAGAUCAGACCAAAUGUCGUGCCACAAAACCCAAUGUCGCAGUUCUUCCCACCGCAGCCUAAAAAAAGAGGAAGACCAAAGUCUAAAAUGCCAAGGCUUGACGCCCCAAUCCAUGGGCACCCCUCUCAUAAGCUUCCCCCCUCCAAGGUCUACUCGUCUAUGCUGAAGUCCAAAGAAGAGCAGGACCCACCUGUUCUUCACCCAGAGGUCGACUUAAAUCCUCCCAAACCUAUGCCUAGAAAACGUGGACGCCCCAAACGCCUUCCUCCUACCUUACCCCAAGAGGGUCAGCCUCCCACACUGGCCCCAGAAGCGGGAGACAUGGGAGACAAACGUUUCCGCACCAAAGGAAACGGACAGCUUAUCAUGAAAACCAUUAUUGGUAAGAUCAACAAGAUGAAAAGUGUCAAGCGGAAGCGCAUUCUGAGUCAGAUCUUAUUGGGUCCAAGACCAGAAGACCCCCCUAAAAGCACCACUAGUGGUGUAGUUGCUUCUGCGGAAGCUACAAAUCAGUCGUUAUCAUCUUUGGCUGCUACUUUUGGGGGGAAACUAGGGCCACAAAUAAAUGUAAGUAAAAAGGGAACAAUAUACAUGGGUAAGAGGAGAGGCCGUAAACCAAAAUUAGCUUCUAACACAGCUGGAACGUCACCAGAACCCUUCCUAUCUCCCAACACAACUUCCCCUCUCCAUCACCACCAAUCACAGUCUCAGCAGCAGCAUCAGCUUUUGUCUUCAGAACUCUUUCCUUCUCCCUCCCUCUCACAAUCGAGCGGAGGCCACAGUCCCAUCAGUGACGCCAGCUUUGUGGAACCAGGCUCAGUGCACUUUGCAGGUAGCUCUCACUAUUCCAACUCCCACCAUAGCCACCACACAUUCUCCUUUCCCACCCCAACCUUUUCUGCCCCUAAUAAAAUGCUGGGUUCUUUGUCAUCCUCUAUGGGCACGGUAGCUUCCCAUAAAAAGUCCUCUUGCCGUGGAUACCCUCAUCAUCACAAUCAUUAUAGGCAGCAUUACCCUUAUCAUAAGCUUUCUCCUCCCAGGCCACUCCAUCCCACCUCCCCCGCGCCCCUCAGUGAGCUAAAAGAAGCCACUCCGUCACCAGUUAGUGAGUCACACAGCGAGGAGACCGUGCCCAGUGACAGCGGUAUAGGAACAGACAACAACAGCACAUCGGACCGUGGUGAGAAAGCUGGAGGGACAGGUGGCGUGGGUGGAAUGGGGAUGCCACCCGGGAUGGGCAGUGGAUUAUUGAUGCCCAGCGUCAUAGCUUCAGCAGUGACUCCAGGGAUGGGCCUUAAUUCCAGAGGCAGGCGUCGACACUCCGCCGUGCUGAUGGAGCGUCCCUCACCUUCUCCAUCACCCCACGGAACGAGGUUAUCACCGGAUCACCGGCGGCCUCACCCGGCAGCCCCCGCCUCUUCCCUAAUGGGCCACAAGGAGAAACACAAGCACAAGUGUAAACGUCGUAAUCACGGAUGUCCUGGCUACGACAAGCUAAAGAGACAGAAGAGAAAACGAAAGAAGAAGUACUUGCAGCUUCGGUCUCGGCGGCUCGAUCCCGAUUUUCUCGCCGAGUUGGAUGAAAUUAUCGUAAUGCUAAGCGAAAUACGGAUAACGCACCGUUCCUCUGGGCGCCGGCUGAGCAGCGGGAUAGGCAUAGCACCAGGAACAAGCAGAAUACCGGGCGUGGGGAGCAGAGCCAGCGCUGGAAUAGGAGGAACAGCUGGCCCUCCUCCUCAUCACUAUGUUCACAGGGACCUCCUGCCGACAAUAUUCAGGGUUAAUUUUGGAAGGUUUUACUCCCAUCCUGCUUACUCUUGUGACCCGUUGCACUUUGUCCGUAAACCGGACAUGAAAAAGAAACGGGGACGGCCUCCCAAACUCAGAGAGUCGAUGUCUGAGGUUCCAUUUGUACCCGGGCUUGGAUUCCCACUCUCAAGUGGAGGUUUCUAUCACCCCUCCUAUGGUGUUCCUUACUCAUCUGGUCCUCUGGGGUUGGGCUAUUAUCGAGGUUUUCCUCCAGCAAGUGCUCUUUAUCCUCACGCACACCACCAGUCCCCUCACACCGCCCCAUCCCACCACUCUCACCACUCACCUUCCUUCCCCCCUCCUCCUCCCCCAACAUCUUACUUGCACCAUCACCAUCCAUCUCAUCUCCUACUGAACCCCUCGAAGUUUCACAAGAAAAAGCAUAAGCUGAUUAGGCAGGAGUACCUGGGAGGAGGAAGGUCCCCUGUCCUCUUCCCUCCCAUGUCUUCUGAGCUGUCUUUUAACUGGCACCAUAAACACAAACACAGACACAAACACAGAGAGCGCUGCUCCGAGGAAGACAGGGAAGAGGCGGCGAGGAGUGGGUCAGGAAGCCGAACCAAUGCAGGGAUCUCUGACAAAGGUGCAUCAGGUAAAGGAGAGCGAGUUGGCGGCUUGGGAAUGGCAGAGUCUUUACAGAGGUGCCGCUUCGGAAGAGACGCCUCCAGCACCACGACUAGCAAGCAAGCGGCCGCCACCUCCGCCAACUCCCCCUCAUCUUCCUCAUCGUCGUCCGCAGAAAGGUACAAGCGUAAAGACAGUUCCAUGUCCUGUCUAGGACCAUCUAGGCUAACACUGGCGAACACCUCAAAAGGACAUCACUCAGUCGAAUCCUGGUUCAGGAUAGGCAGCUCCGACGCAGACUACUCUACGAUUUCACAGAGUCAAGUGGUUCCUGGCCAGGGCUCUUUCUCAGACGGACGGGUGGAAGACCCAACAGGCUGCUCCGACAGUGAGGACGACGAGCCUCUCACUCCCACAGAGGAAGUAGAAGCUCACAGUUCUCCAAAUCUUUUUGCCUCCGCUAUGACCCGCACUUCCAUGAAGGGAGGCAGAAACAGAAAGAAUGACGUAGUUACAGAGAGUUCCAACUUCUCCCACAUGGAUCGUCUGAUGAGGAAGGACCGCUCAACGUCGUCUGAGAGGAGAGAGUCAGGGUCGUCAAGUCUCCAGACGAGAGGUGUAACCCUCCCGCCCUCCGACGGCCUCGAGGGAUCCCUGCACCACCGGCAGCACCACCACCACCAACAACCUUCUCUGUUUCACUCCCAUAGCUCAGCCUCCUCCUCUUGCCUUUCUCCCUCUCAGGACUUUUGCCUGGACGCCCCCCUGGCCCACCACCACUCCUACCGGGUGCAGCCUUCCAAGCACAGCCUCCAUCACGUCAACAAAAUUUUGCGAGCCAAAAAGCUGCAGAGACAAGCUCGUACAGGAAACAACGUGGUGAAGAAGAGGGGGCCCGGGCGCCCCAGGAAAUACCCAUUACCCUCCCCUCCACCUUCCCCACCGCCUGUGGUUGAGUUGAACGAGAGCCGGCACAGGGACAGAGGGGGAGAACGGUUGGCUGGUGGACAAAGGUGGGAGGGGGACACCGUCUCGGAUGCUAUCGAGUCAGUUGUCCAGGGCCAGCGCCGGAAAGCUCAGAAGAGGAAGCAUUGGGAGGGAGACGAGGAAGAGGAUGAUGAGGUUGAAGAAGACAGGGAGGUGGAAGAGACUGAGGAGCCAUUACCAGACAGAGAGGAGAACCUGGGCAGCCUGCCUGCAAGGCCCAGAGCUGUAGCAGGAAGAAGUUGGCCUGCCCAAGAAGAGCAUCAUCACUUUCAGGGAUGUAGCUCCAUGGAGAGGAAAGCAGAUGGCCCAGCCCCCCUGGAACACCUCAACACAGUCUCCAGGGAACCAGCGCCACCCGUGCCCAUACCCAGCCAAAGAGAGAAGAGGCCAGCCCGACCUCCGAAGAAGAAGUUCCAGAAAGCAGGACUGUACUCUGAUGUCUACAAAACAGACGACCCCCGCAGUCAGCUUCUGCAGCUUAAGAAAGAAAAACUAGAAUACAUACCGGGGGAACAUGAAUAUGGACUGUUUCCUGCUCCAAUACAUGUUGGGAAGUAUCUGAGACAGAAACGCAUUGAUUUCCAAUUGCCUUACGACAUUUUAUGGUUGUGGAAACAUGAUCAGCUUUACAAGAGGCCUGAUGUCCCUCUUUAUAAAAAGAUCAGAUCAAAUGUCUAUGUAGAUGUGAAGCCGCUCUCCGGUUAUGAAACAACUACAUGUAACUGUAGAGUUCAAGAGAGCUCUGCUGAAAAAGGCUGCAUGGACGAUUGCCUGAAUAGGAUGAGCUUUGCGGAGUGUUCACCCAGCACGUGUCCCUCUGGUGAUCAUUGUGACAACCAGCACAUCCAGAGACAUGAGUGGGUUCAGUGUCUGGAGCGAUUCCGGGCUGAGGGAAAGGGUUGGGGCAUCCGCACCAAAGAGCCUCUGCGGUCCGGACAGUUUAUCAUCGAGUAUCUGGGAGAAGUGGUCAGCGAGCAGGAGUUCAGGAGCCGUAUGAUGGAACAAUACUUCUCCCACAGCGGCCACUACUGUCUGAACUUGGACAGUGGCAUGGUGAUUGACAGCUAUCGGAUGGGCAACGAGGCACGCUUCAUUAACCACAGCUGCGAACCCAACUGUGAGAUGCAGAAGUGGUCAGUGAACGGGGUGUACAGGAUUGGGCUCUUUGCUCUCAAGGACAUCAGCAAUGGGACUGAACUCACCUAUGACUACAACUUCCACUCCUUCAAUACGGAAGAGCAGCAACCGUGCAAGUGUGGCUCAGAGAGUUGCCGGGGCAUCAUCGGAGGGAAGAGUCAGCGUAUUAACGGCCUGCCCGGGAAAACGGGAGGUGCACGGCGACUGGGUCGACUCAAGGAGAAGAGGAAGUCAAAACACCAGCUCAAAAAACGAGAGGAAGAGUCGAGCGACAGCAGCAAGUUUUAUCCUCAUCUCAUGAAGCCCAUGUCUAACAGAGAGAGAAAUUUUGUCCUGAAGCACAGAGUUUUUCUCUUAAGAAACUGGGAGAAGAUGAGGGAGAAACAAGAGCUGCAGAAAAGAGAGGGUGAGAGAGAGAAGGAUGCCAGCAGUCUCUCCCUGUAUACACGCUGGGGGGGAGUUAUCCGAGACGAUGGCAACAUCAAGUCAGAUGUUUUCCUGACGCAGUUCUCAGCUCUGCAGACGUCGCGGUCGGUACGCACACGGAGGCUCGCUGCAGCCGAGGAAAACACAGAAGUAACACGCACUGCACGCCUCGCACACAUCUUCAAGGAGAUCUGUGACAUGAUCACCAGCUACAAAGACUCAGCGGGCCAGACACUUGCUGCUCCGCUGGUUAACCUUCCAUCCAGGAAGAGGAACAGCCAGUACUAUGAGAAGGUGUCUGACCCUCUGGACUUGAGCACCAUCGAGAAGCAAAUCCUCACUGGCCAUUAUAAGACCGUGGAAGCGUUUGACACAGACAUGCUCAAAGUCUUUCGCAAUGCUGAGAAAUAUUAUGGUCGCAAGUCAUCCGUGGGCAGGGACGUAUGUCGACUGAGGAAAGCCUACUACAGCGCCCGUCAUGAAGCCGCGGUGCAGAUUGAUGAGAUUGUGGGUGAGACGGCCAGCGAGGCCGACAGCUCGGAUUCUCUGGAGCGGGACCACGGCCACCACCACCACGGAGGAGGGCCGGGGCCCCACGACAAAGAUGACGACGUCAUCCGGUGCAUCUGUGGGAUGUACAAAGAUGAAGGGCUGAUGAUCCAGUGUGAAAAGUGUAUGGUGUGGCAGCACUGUGACUGUAUGCGGCUGGAGAGUGAGGUGGAGCACUACUUGUGUGAGCUGUGUGAGCCUCGUCCUAUAGACAACGAGGUUCCCAUGAUCCCCCAGCCCAGCUAUGCACAGGCCGGCUCCGUCUACUACAUCUGUCUCCUCAGAGACGAGCUGCUGCUGCACCAAGGUGACUGUGUGUAUCUAAUGAGGGACAGCAGGCGGACCCCUGAAGGCCAGCCCGUCAGGCAGUCGUACCGUCUCCUGUCUCACAUGAACCGAGAUAAACUCGACAUCUUCCGCAUUGAGAAACUCUGGAAGAAUGAAAAGGGUGAGCGGUUUGCCUUUGGUCAUCACUACUUCCGGCCUCAUGAGACGCAUCAUUCCCCAUCACGACGUUUCUACCAGAACGAGUUGUUCCGCAUGCCGCUGUACGAGAUCAUCCCUCUGGAGGCCGUGGUGGCAACCUGCUGCGUCCUGGACCUUUAUACUUAUUGCAAGGGCCGGCCGAAGGGUGUGAAAGAGCAGGACGUGUACAUCUGUGAUUACCGCUUGGACAAGUCGGCGCACUUGUUCUACAAGAUCCAUCGUAACCGCUACCCGGUCUGCACCAAGCCAUAUGCCUUCAACCACUUCCCCAAGAGACUCGCGCCGAAGAGAGACUUCUCGCCUCAUUAUGUUCCUGACAACUAUAAGAGGAACGGUGGCCGAUCGGCAUGGAAAAGUGAACGACCCAAAGACACAGAUGACGGGUCCUCCUGUGACCGGGGCGAAGACUUCCCUCCUGAAGCAGAAGACGGAAGAGGAGUGGACGACGACAUGGACAUGGCUGCAGACGAUCCGGACUUUCUGCCAGCCAAACCCAGACGAGCUGAGCGGGGAAGAGGAGAAGAUGAAGAUGAUGAAGAGGAAGAAGAGGAGGAGGAAAUCCAGGAGGAUAUGGUGCGCAAGGACCUGGAAGAAGGUUCUAAUGAGAGGAUAGGAGAAAUGCUUGAACUCCCAUCAUCCGUGGCCUCCUCACCGCUUCAUCAGCCACCUCUUAGCAGGAGGGAUGCCCAGAGGGAACGACUCAACAAGAUCCUCCUGGAUCUGCUGCACAGAACACCCAGCAAGAACGCCAUUGAUGUCACAUAUCUCCUUGAAGAAGGAGCAGGACGGCGGCUACGGAGACGGACGCUUGGUUUCGGAGAUUUUAUUCUGAGGAAAUAAAGUUUCCACGUGCCUGCCACGCACACUGCCUUUCACUGCCGUGAUCGCAGGGCAGAAAAAGGAGGGACAUCAAGAUGGGAAACAGCAUUGUUAGUUCUCCACCCGUUAUGGACAACAAUGCAUCCCUGGGGGCCUCUUCCACUUUACCUCUUCCAAGACUGUCGUCUCAGCUCCGAGAAGUUGGAGGGGGUUUGGAGGCGUCGAACUCCAAGACGGUUUCAGCUCGUCAAGAGUUGCAGAGGAGAUCCGACAAAAAAAAAGGCUUCUCUUAUUUAAAUAGUAUCAUGCAAAAUCUGUUUUUGAAAAAUGCACAUAGGAGAAGUAACCCAUGCGCUUGGAUACAUUGAACAUUACAGACAUGGGUAUAAUGUGUUCCACUAGCAAGCAUCAGAAAUGAAACAACUGGUACUGAAAAGGGAUGGACAAGGAUGGAGGGAUAUUUUAUCUUUUUAGUUCAGUGGGCUUGUGGAUAUUGAAAAAUUGUUCCCCCUUGUGGGAUCUAGCUGCAAC